GGCUCUAUUUCGAGUCCCGUCGAACAAUGGAGUUUUCGGUACGCACGAUAAUUAACAACAAAGUGUAUAUUAACGGUGAAAAUCUACUUCAUGCAAUGUGUCGCCACGGAAACUCACUUGCCCUUUCCAUAAUUGCACAAUCGAUCAAUAAGAAUUAUCAAUAUUUGCUGAAUGAGUAUAAUCGUGAAGGCCGAAAAUGCAUCCAUAUCGCUGCAGUGAUGCACAAGGGUCAGGUUGCGACGGAGCUAAUAAUAAUCUUGCUGAACUUUGGAGCUGAUGUCAACGGAAGAGUUUUGUGUACUGGUGAUACUGUGCUGCAUAUAGCUGUUUAUUUAAAAGACUAUUACCUAGCCGAGUGGCUAUGUAGGCGCAGUGGGAUUAAUAUAAAUGCGCGUAACUAUGUAGGACUCACACCAUUUCAAAUAGCACGGAAGAAAAACGAUAAAAAAAUGAUGAUGAUUUUGUGGGAUAAUUAUUUUGUUUGUAAACCAACACGGUCAAGUGGCGAAGCUUAGCUUCUAUUAAUUACUUGAUAUAACUUAUCACUGAACAUCUAAACUAUUGUUGGUCAGCUUUAGUAUUAUAUUAUGUUUCGUAUAUAUGA